AUGGACGAAGAACCGACCCAGCCCUCCACGCAACAGAUAAUUGACCCGCGUCGCCUCGGUGGAAACAUCUCCGGACUGAACGAAGCAGAUGUCGCGGAUAUCCUGUGCAUUCUCACGCCAACCUCACCCGCCGCUUUUCAGAUCGUCGAAAACACUGCCAGAGACACUCCUCAGCACGUUCUGCAAUGCCAGCCCACCAAUGGAUAUCAACCAAACACCCAGCCGUUCAGUCAGAGCUUGGAGGAAGAGGCCGAAACCUUCGUCAUCGACCGCCCUGGUGUGGCGCAUGACCUCGCGCUCAGGUUCUCGUCGUCGUGUAAACAGCCAUGGUUUGGCUUUUGCUUCGGGCGCAACCCAACCAUGUGUGACGUUCUUCUACCUGUCGGACCUGACUCUUCGAAGCGGAUCAGCAAUCUUCAUUUUAUGAUUUAUGUCAACAAGCAUGGCGUCCUCAUGUUGGAAGACGCGUCUACAAAUGGAACCAUGAUCGACGACACGCACCUAAAGGCAAAAAGCAAGGAACCUGGGGCGCAGAAGACGAAGAUGCUUCAACCGGGCUCCAUGAUCACGAUACUUUCCCCGCUGCGUGAAGAGAUUGUCAAAUUCAUCGUCCGAAUUCCGGAUCAGACUGGAUACGAGGAGGAGUAUGCGGAGAAUCUCAGCAAUUACAUGACCAGAGUUGAGACAGAGAGGGUGGCACAUGGAAAGCCAAAGCGUGCACAGAACGCAGGCGGAAUGCCCCGCCGGCCUGUGGUCAAAGCUGUCAAUACAUUUGGUAUGCACUGGAAUGGCGGUCGAAUCUACAAUGUUAUAGACGUCCUCGGUAAAGGUGCCUUCGCCACAGUCUACAAGAUCGCAAAGGCGAUGGAUGGGCAGCUACUAGCAGCAAAAGAGCUAGAGAAGAAGCGCUUCAUGAAGAACGGGCAGCUCGAUCAAAAGCUCGACAACGAGAUGAAGAUCAUGCAAUCGCUCUUUCAUCCACACAUAGUCCAGUACAUCGACACGCAUGACAUUGGAAACCACCUCUACAUCAUAAUGGAAUACGUACCGUACGGAAAUCUCUCAGAUCUCCUCGCCGGAGGCAAAUGCCUACCAGAACCUUUCGUCCAAAGAAUGGCCUGUCAAAUCUUCAGCUGUCUGGCCUAUCUUCACAGCAAGAGGAUCACACACCGAGACAUCAAACCCGACAAUAUCCUCAUCGCCUCACAGGAGCCUUUCGACGUCAAGCUUUCUGACUUCGGCUUAUCCAAAGUAGUGACGAACAACGAGACCUUCCUUAAGACGUUCUGUGGAACGUUGCUCUACUGCGCACCUGAGGUCUUCCCCCACUACGACGGCCGUGGCAGCAAGAAGCGCCGGAAACCGGGUGAGGCAAAGAAGAGGUUCCAUUCCUACAGCCAGUCAGUCGACAUCUGGUCUUUUGGCGCAGUACUUUGGAGUUCUCUCUGUGGAAGCCCGCCCUUUGAGGGUAUCAUGGAUCAAACCGGCCGCGCCAUGUUCGAAAGAAUCAUGGACACUCCUCUGGACCCUACGCCCAUGCGUGAGAUGGGAGUCUCAGAGCAGGCUAUCGAUCUACUGGUGACAAUGCUCAAGACUGAUCCUGCACAGAGACCUACAGAAUUGGAGUGCCUUACCCAUCCGUGGCUCGCCAGCCUCGCCAGAACUAUCGUCCCAGAAGUCGUUCAGCCCGAUCUCAACGCUAUUCCCGAGGAGGAUGAAGAAGAUGAUGACAUCGCAGCUGAAGCAGCCGAAAACCAGUUUUCCCAACUUAGUCUCAAUGAUAGGAAGGCAGGCUAUGGCAUCCCUAGCCAAUUCAGCGACGAUGACGAAGAGGAAGAUUAUGGUGAAGGGCCUGAGCCUGAGCCAAUCAACCCGCAUCAGUCCAAGCGUCCGCGCGUCCGCCGAGAUCCUCAGCACCCAAGGUAUCAACCGCGCAACAUGUCACAAGUUGAAUCCAGCCCUGAAGAAUUCCAGAACCCUGCUAUAAGGACGACAGGCGACCUUGCCCCGCCCUCCCGGCUGGCUCGUGGCAAGCCCAGGCUCUUUGGUGAGAUCGGCCAGUCUGCACUGGGAAGCCCCCGAGUUCUGGACAACAAGACGAACCAGGCGUUGUCCAUGGACGAAGAUUCGAGCGGUCCUGAUAUCCCUGAAAAGAGCCCCAAAGCCAACCAGUCCGUCAAGCGACGCAGUAAGACCCCUGUUGAGAGCCAGGGCACCCCACGCAAAGACCCUCGCGGCAACAAAUCUGCUGCUAGUCUUGAUGGUGCUGAGUCGAUGGUCAGGGAGUUAACAAUGCAUUCACCAAAUUCUCCGAACCGCCCUUACGACGAAUUCGAACCGCAGUCCCCCCGAACACCCACUCGCAGUGUCCCAGAGACGCCGUCCCCGUCAGACGUUUCCAAGGACGGGCUUGAUGACUCUACUACUCACGGCUCGCAAGAACAGACACCUAGACCAACGACCAACAGGAGGUUCAGCAGGCAGAUAAAUUUACCUCUGUUGGAAUCAUUAUACUAUGAUCCACACGAUCCUUCUACCCACAACGUGGAAUAUGCGACCAAGAUCAGCGGUAUCGACUUUGCCUCGGCCCGUAACCUAACCGCGACAGAGCACACUUCUCUCCCAUCAACACAUUAUCCAUCAGACGCAAGCGAGCAAGAUGCGGAUGAGGACGACGACGCCGAAAGCGCUAUGGGUGGAGCUGUUCAUUCACCGCCAGCCACUGACUCAACCUUUCGUGUCCCACCCCCUCGCCUCGGAAAGCUGACAAGUACGGACGAUUCGAUCCUAAAGCUGGUACUCAGGCUCGAAAGACAGGUCGAAAGCUGGGGCCGCAAUGCUGAAAACACGAUUACCUUUUCUAAUGUCAACGACACGCGAGUCCCCAAGAACGCUUUCACCAUUUGGUUCUACGCACCGAACAUCGACGACUUGGUAAGGGAGGGCAAGGAUUGGACGAAGGCGCCAGACCUACAAGUUUGCAUUCAUACGAACUCAAGCAGAGGAAUCAGCGUCAACAACACUCGACUUCAUCCUCCUAGACCGGAUGGCAGCUAUUCUUACGGGCACCUCUACACGGGCGACGUCAUAACAGUCUUCGAUACGGGCAAGAAAAAGCUCAAGUUCGUCUGCGAGUUCACCACUGGCGAGGCAGUCAACCAUCGACCUGAGGGAUUGAGCUUUCAGGUCUUUCACACUCAGCCCUCACAGUAG